CGAGCCGGAGCAAGGAAAGGCGCACGCACCCACCUCACUCUCCCCACUCAAGUACACACUCCUCGCUGCUCGCUCCCCGCCCUGACGGACGGCAGAGUGGGGGGAGAGGAAGAAGAAGCCCGAGCAGAGAGAGCGGCGGCAGCCAGAAGACGGAGAGAGAGAGGGAGGAGGGGAGGGAGAUCUGCGCGGGGGAGGAGCAGCGAUGGGGUGCGCGGCAUCCAAGGUGGAGCAGGAGGACACGGUGCGGCGCUGCAAGGAGCGCCGGCGCAACAUCAAGGACGCCGUGACGGCGCGCCAGCUGCUCGCCUCGGCGCACGCCGACUACCUCCGCUCCCUCCGCAUCACGGCCGCCGCGCUAUCCCGCUUCGCGCAGGGCCACUCGUCGCUCACCGUCUCCCACCACACCGCGCCCGUCCUCCUCACCACCGCCGCGCCGCCGGCCCUGCACGCGCCCGGCCCGACCGCCGCCACCUCCUCCGUCGCCUCGUCCUCGCUGCCGCCCCCCACGCCGCUCCCUCGCCACCAGCCGCCGCCGCCGCCACCACCAGUACAGCAGCAGCAGCCGCAGGCGGCCGCCGCUGCGCUCAGGGUCGACAUGGAUCCGAGGAUGCGGCGGCUCAAGGUGCCGCACAUCCUGUCGGACUCGAGCGUCGCGUCGUCGUUCCGGAAGCCGCCGGUGGUGGGGACGCCCUCCUCCUCGUCUGCCUGGGACUGGGAGAACUUCUACCCGCCGUCGCCGCCCGACUCCGAGUUCUUCGACCGCCGCAAGACCGAUCUCGAGGAGGCAAACCGCCUCCGCGAGCUCGACGACGAGGCCAAGGCGCGGGGCUACACCCAGCGCCGCCACGACCACCUCAAAGAAGAGGACGAGGCCGACGACGGCCAGGGAGAAGACGAGGAGGAGACGGAGCGGGAGGAUAUGCAUUGCGGCGGAUGGGAGGACGAGGAGGACCACUACGCGUCCACGACCACGUCGGAGACCAGAUCAGAGGAAGGCGAGGUGGGGAAUAGAUCCGAGUGCGGUUUCGCCGCCAGAUCGGAGUACGGCGGGACGGCGCCGUCCGAGUACGCCGCCGUGCCAAUGCAGCUGAGGAGGGCCGAGAGGUCAGGGGUCGGGGACUCCUUCUCCACGGUCACGGGGGCGACCGAGAUGCGGAUGGUGGUGCGCCACCGCACGCUCUCAGAGAUCGUCGCGGCCAUCGAGGAGUACUUCGUCAAGGCGGCCGACGCCGGCGACGGCGUGUCGGAGCUCCUGGAGGCCAGCCGCGCCCAGCUCGACCGCAACUUCCGGCAACUCAAAAAGACGGUGUACCACUCCAACAGCGUGCUGUCAGCACUCUCGUCAACAUGGACUUCGAAGCCGCCAUUGGCUGUGCGCUACAAGUUGGACACCAAUUCACUGGAGAUGGGGUCAAUGGAAGGGAAGAGCCAUGGGUCAACACUGGAGCGGCUCUUGGCCUGGGAAAAGAAGCUAUAUGAGGAGGUCAAGGCUAGAGAGAGCGUGAAGAUUGAGCAUGAGAAGAAGCUUUCUACCCUGCAAAGCUUGGAAUACAGAGGGAGGGAUAGUGCCAAGCUGGACAAGACCAAGGCCUCCAUAAACAAGCUGCAAUCGCUGAUCGUUGUUACGUCGCAAGCAGCCACUACCACAUCCUCAGCCAUCGUCAGGGUCCGGGACAAUGAGCUCGCACCGCAGCUUGUCGAGCUUUGUUUUGCGUUGCUGAGCAUGUGGAGAUCGAUGAACUACUUCCAUGAGACCCAGAAUGAGAUCGUUCAGCAAGUGCGCGGUCUGGUGGACAACUCCAUGGCCGAGUCGACGUCCGACCUUCACCGGCUUGCGACCCGUGAUCUCGAGGCCGCCGUCUCGGCAUGGCACUCGAACUUCAACCGGCUCAUCAAGUAUCAGCGUGAAUACAUCCGCUCUCUGUAUGGCUGGCUGAAGCUGACACUCUUCCAAGUGGACAGCAUUUCCCCACAAGAGGCUCACGCGUCACUCAUCUCACGCGAGCUCACCACCUUCUGCGACGAGUGGAAGCAAGCAUUGGACCGGCUUCCAGACGCUGUGGCUUCGGAGGCCAUCAAGAGCUUUGUGAAUGUCAUCCAUGUCAUCUACACCAAGCAGGCAGAGGAGAUGAAGAUCAAGAAGCGGACCGAGACGUACUCAAAGGAGCUGGAGAAGAAGACCAACUCGCUGAGGGCCAUCGAGAAGAAGUACUACCAGUCGUACUCGAUGGUAGGCCUUGGGCUUCCUGGCAGCGGGCGUGACGGCAUCGAAGGGCACACGUUCGACGCGCGCGACCCUCUCUCCGAGAAGAAGACCGAGAUCGCCCAGUGCCGCCGAAAGGUGGAGGAUGAGAUAACGAGGCAUGCCAAGGCCGUGGAGGUGACAAGGUCCAUGACGCUGAACAACAUCCAGACUGGCCUGCCAGGAAUGUUCCAGGCCAUUGCUGGCUUCUCGGGCACGGUCGUGGAGGCCCUCGACGUGGUCUGCCGGCGAGCCGGAUCGGUGCGGUAGGAGGAUGUCAGCCCCCAUCUGAGCAUCAUUUUGGUGUGUCUCUCUGUCUGUCUCUUUGGGUGGUCCGGUGAUCUAUAUAGGAAAAAUGCAAUAUAUAUAUAGUUAAGUUAAAGCUUAGGGAUGAAACGUGGGGGAGAAGAGAAGGCUUGUUUGUUGGGGAUUGAUCAUUUUGGUUGUAGAUAAUGAUUUUGCCCAGGAUCGCCGCUCGUCUUGCUUGUACAGGCGCUGUGGCCACCUUGUCGCGCUCUCAUGGUGGAGUUUACGCUUGCUCUUA